AGACUAAACAAGAGCCUUACUCAAACCCGUAACCGAUUCUUUAAUCCCUAAAAAUUCAGACAUAUACCAGUCAACGGUUCAAUUUUUAACAAACACUUAUUCCCCGUCCCGAUCUCAAUUGCGGCGCCCGGAAUUUUAGGGUUUCAACUCUCCGAUGUACCUCCGUUCGGUUCUGCUUUUGUUACUGCCGUCACUCUUUUUCGUUACUGUUCAAUCACAAUGCAGCAAGGGCUGUGACCGAGCUUUAGCCUCCUACUACGUUUGGGAAGGCUCAAACCUCACCUUCAUAGCUCAAACCCUACAUUCAACUCUCCUGGACCCGACAGAUAUCGAUUUCAAGGUCAUUUUGAAUUACAACAAGAACAUAACCAGCAAAGACAGUCUCCCUGCCGGUGUCAGAAUCAACGUCCCGUUCCCCUGCGAUUGCAUCAACGGCGAAUUCCUCGGCCACGUGUUCGAUUACAAUAUUAAUUCCGGUGACACGUACGAUAAGAUUGCCAAGAUUUAUUACGCCAACUUGACGACCGCGGAGUGGUUGCGGAAUUUUAAUAGCUAUGACGCGAAUAGGAUUCCGGACACUGGGAAGCUUAAUGUGACGGUGAAUUGUUCGUGUGGAGAUAGUGAGGUUUCGAAGAAUUAUGGAUUGUUUGUUACGUAUCCGUUGAGGCCGGGGGAUAGUUUGGAGUCGGUUGCGAGAAGUGUGAAUUUGGAUCAGAGUUUGCUGCAAAGUUAUAAUCGUAAUGUGAAUUUCAGUCAAGGGAGUGGCUUGGUUUUUAUUCCUGGCGUAGAUGAAAAUGGUGUCUACCCAGCCCUUGAGUCAUCAAGCACAGGCGUAUCUGGUGGAGUUAUUGCUGGCAUAUCUGUGGCAGCAGUAGCUUUGGUGGCAUUAGUGGCAGUUUGUGUAUAUUUUGUAUUUUACCGAAAGAAUAAGGUGAAGGGGGGAACACUGCUCUUGACACAAUCCCAGGAUCUGUCUGCUCAAGCUGGAUCUAAUAAACCAUUGGAAUCUCCUGGUCCAGCUGCUGGUGCUUCCACAGGGCUUACAGGGAUAACUGUGGACAAGUCUGUGGAGUUCUCAUAUGAAGAACUUGCCAAGGCGACUGAUACUUUCAGUAUGGCUAAUAAAAUUGGAGAAGGUGGUUUUGGAUCUGUUUACUAUGCAGAGCUAAGAGGAGAGAAAGCUGCAAUAAAAAAGAUGGAUAUGCAAGCAUCAAGAGAAUUUCUUGCUGAAUUGAAAGUUUUGACACACGUUCAUCACUUGAAUCUGGUGCGCUUGAUUGGAUAUUGUGUCGAGGGUUCUCUUUUCCUGGUUUAUGAAUUCAUCGAGAAUGGGAACUUAAGCCAACAUUUACGUGGAUCAGAGAGGGAUCCUCUGCCAUGGUCUUCUAGGGUGCAAAUUGCGCUUGAUUCCGCGAGAGGUCUUGAAUAUAUUCACGAACACACAGUUCCUGUUUAUAUCCAUCGAGACAUAAAAUCAGCAAAUAUACUGAUAGACAAGAACUUCCAUGCAAAGGUUGCAGAUUUUGGAUUAACAAAACUGACUGAAGUUGGAAGUGCAUCACUUCCCACACGUCUUGUGGGCACAUUUGGAUACAUGCCUCCAGAAUAUGCUCAAUAUGGUGAUGUUUCUCCCAAAAUAGACGUAUAUGCCUUUGGGGUUGUCCUCUAUGAACUAAUUUCUGCCAAAGAAGCCAUAGUCAGAGGAGCAAAUGAUUCUGCUGCUGAAUCAAAGGGCCUUGUUGCUUUGUUUGAGGAAGUGCUUAAUUUACCUGAUCCUAAAGAGGAUCUUUGUAAACUUGUUGACCCUAGGCUUGGUGAUAACUAUCCAUUUGACUCGGUCCUGAAGAUGGCUCAGCUUGCUAAAGUGUGCACCCAAGAGUAUCCACAACUGCGUCCAAGUAUGAGAUCCAUUGUGGUUGCCCUAAUGACUCUUUCUUCUACAACAGAGGAUUGGGAUGUCGGCUCCUUCUAUGAAAAUCACGCUCUAGUCAACCUAAUGUCAGGAAGGUAGAGAAAAUGCUGUCAUGCGUGCAUUAUGGAAGUUUUUUUUUUUUUUGGUGUGACUAAAUACCUAUUAAGUAAUUCCAUUAUUUCUCAUUGUUUGUAAAUGCUAUAGUUUAGAUUAGGUAAGGCUUUCACAAAAUUAUUUAUUGCUUGAAGAAAAGCCUCGGAAGGAAGAAACUCAUAUUUUGUGCUGUAAUAUGUUCAUUUAUAAUCUUUUUUAUUUUUCUA